AUGUCUGUCAUGGACCUCGCCAAUACUUGCUCCAGCUUUCAGUCGGACCUGGAUUUCUGUUCAGAUUGCGGCUCGGUCCUGCCUCUGCCCGGGGCUCAGGAUACGGUCACCUGUAUUCGCUGUGGCUUCAACAUCAACGUUCGGGACUUUGAGGGGAAGGUUGUGAAGACUUCGGUUGUGUUCCACCAACUGGGGACAGCCAUGCCUAUGUCGGUGGAGGAAGGGCCUGAGUGCCAGGGACCUGUGGUUGACAGGCGCUGCCCUCGAUGUGGUCAUGAAGGAAUGGCAUACCACACCAGACAGAUGCGUUCAGCCGAUGAAGGGCAAACUGUCUUCUACACCUGUACCAACUGCAAGUUCCAGGAGAAGGAAGACUCUUGA